CCUAGAAGUUGCACUCCAAAUUUAAAAAUCUUAUAGCGUUUGAAUAUAUACAUUAAAAUUACAUUUUUCAGCUUCCGUACUAAAUACACAAAAAAUAAUAAAAAAAUCACUUAAUUUUCAAAACAAUAUUUUCUGGAAAAACAUUUUCCGUCAUACCAAACACUCCACUAUAUAAAAACACACACAAAAAAUAAAAAUAAAAAUAAAAUACAAAAUUCCCCCUUAUUUCUCCUGGGUCAGCAACUCCAACUCUUUUGAACUAUCCAUAUAUAAAUAGGGUUUAGGGUUUAAGAGUAACACCAUUUGCUCCUACUACUUUUGUCACACACACACAUAAAGAAAGAAAGAAAGAAAAGAAACCAAAGUACAAUCAAAUCAAAUGCAUGUCUGAAUAUUUUCCAUGUUGGUUCCAACAAUAAGGUUAGCUUCUUACAGAAACAUAUUCAAGAACACACAAUUUAUUAGAUUUAAAUCAGUUUAUUCUGUAGCUCAAUUAAGUCCAUAUUUUCAAGAUUAUAGUUCAGAUGAACAAAAUGUAAAUACCCAAAUGAAAAACAAUACUGAAUUAACCACCAACAAUACUGUUGAGGUAAAUUCAUAUUGGGUUACUGAAAUGCUUAACAGUUUAAGAGAAGAACCUAAUGAUGCUUUAUUAUUUUUUCGUCAGUUGAAAGAAGGUGGAUUUAAACAUGAUAUUCAAACUUAUAUGGCUAUGAUUAGGAUGUUUUGUUAUUGGGGUAUGGAUAUGAAGUUGGAUUCUUUGUUUUUAGAGGUUAUAAAUAAGGGAAAGAAAGGUUUGGGUUUUGAAGUUAAAGAUUUGUUUGAGGAAUUAGUCGAGGGGUUGAAUGCCGAGGGACCUAAUUCGUUGGUUCGGGCUUUAGAUGCAUUGGUUAAGACUUAUGCUAGUUUAAGGAUGUUUGAUGAAGCUAUCGAUAUUUUGUUCCAGAUGAAAAGGUGUGGUUUUGGGUUGAGUGUGUUGUCGUGUAAUUAUCUCAUGAAUCGUCUUGUUGAGUGUGGGAAAGUAGAUAUGUCCGUGGCGGUUUAUAAACAGUUGAAGUGGAUUUCGGUGACUCCGAAUGUGUAUACUUAUGGGAUUGUGAUUAAGGCGUUAUGUAGAAAAGGUAAUUUAGAAGAAGCAGUUGGUGUAUUUGAGGAAAUGGAGAAAGCUGGUGAAACUCCUAACGAGUUUACUUAUGCUACUUACAUUGAAGGGCUUUGCUCGUAUGGUAGAUCGGACUUGGCUUAUGAUUUAUUGCGGGCUUGGAAAGGGAUAAAUGUACAUCUUAAUGUGUAUCCCUAUACUGCUGUAAUUCGUGGGUUUGUUAAUGAGAAAAAGUUGCAAGAGGCAGAAAUGGUGCUGCUUGACAUGGAGGAGCAAGGAAUAGUCCCUGAUGCCUUUUCUUAUGGGGCUAUAAUUAAUGGUUACUGCAAUACGGGGAAUAUUUCUAAAGCUCUGGCUUUCCAUGACAAUAUGGAAAUAAGGGGUAUAAAAAGUAAUUGUGUGAUUGCUAGCUUAAUUCUUCAGUGCUUGUGCAAAAACGGCAAGGCAUGUGAUGCCGUUGAUCAGUUUAGUAUGUUUAAGAAGAAAGGUAUUUUCCUUGAUGAGGUGGCGUAUAAUGGUGUACUUGAUGCUUUGUGUAAACUCGGUAGGUUUGAAGAGGCUGAGAAGUUGCUUGAUGAGAUGAAGGACAAGAGGAUGACACCCGACAUCGUGCAUUACACUACUUUAAUAAAUGGGUAUUGCCUCCAUGGAAAAGUUUUAGAUGCAUUGGAAUUAUUUGAAGAAAUGAUAGAAAAAGGCUUGAAACCUGAUGUCAUUACUUAUAAUGUGCUUGCUGGUGGAUUUUCUAAAAAUGGCCGUGUUAAAGAGGCACUUCACCUUUUGGACCAUAUGAAGGGACAUAGGUUGACGCCAACUUCUGUAACACAUAAUGUGAUCAUUGAGGGCUUAUGCAUUGGAGGUUAUGUAGAAGAGGCUAAAUUUUUUUUCAAUAGUUUGGAGAAUAUAUCUGUUGAAAAUUAUGCUGCCAUGGUGAAUGGGUAUUGUGAAUUAGGCAACACAAAAGAUGCGUAUGAGCUUUUUGUUAGAAUCUCAAAAGAAGGUGUUUUAAUUAAAAGGAAAUCUCGUUUGAAGCUUCUGAGUAGCCUAUGUCUCGAAGGUGAAUAUGGAAAAGCGUUAAAGUUGUUCGAGAUAGUGUUGGCUUUUGGUGAUGACACUUGUAAAAUAAUGUAUAGCAAACUAAUAGCUUCCUUAUGUAGUGCUGGAGAUAUGAAAAGGGCCAGGUGGGUGUUUGAUAAUAUGGCUUGGAGAGGAUUAACACCUGACGUGGUCAUUUAUACUAUGAUGUUAAAUGGUUAUUGCAGGGUGAAUCACUUGCAGGAAGCCCUUUAUCUUUUUGAUGAUAUGAAGAAAAUGGGCAUUUCUCCUGAUGUUAUCACUUAUACAGUUAUGCUUGAUGGGCAUUCUAAGAAUUUAAAAAGAGAUCGAUUGUCAUCAGAUACAAGGAGGAGGAAUAUUGGGGAAAAGGUGGAUCCGUCAGUUUUUUGGAGUGAAAUGAACGAGAUGGAAUUAACAGCUGAUGUUAUUUGCUACACUGUUUUGAUUGAUAGUCAUUGUAAAUCAGACAAUAUUGAUGACGCUGUUCGCCUUUUCACUGAAAUGAUUGAUAGAGGUUUAGAACCUGAUAGUGUUACAUACACAGCUCUGAUAUGUGGCUAUUGUAAGCAAGGACAUGUUGAGAUGGCUGAAGACCUCGUGAAUGAGAUGUGGAGAAAGGGAAUACAACCAGAUAGCCAUACCAUCUCAGCAUUACAUCAUGGCAUCAUAAAGGCCAAAAAGUUGCACCUUAGGCAUAACAAUAACUCAGCCAAAAGGAGAUGAUAAAUAUUCAUUUGAGUGUGAAGAUAACAUGGCGAGGUAAUAUGGGAAAGAAAAGAGUUGGUGGUCCUGACGUAACUAUGCAAGCAGUGCUGUCAUCUUGAGGCUUGAAAAUCAGGAGAUGAUAAAUAUUCAUUUGAGUGUGAAGAUAACAUGGCGAGGUAAUAUGGGAAAGAAAAGAGUUGGUGGUCCUGACGUAACUAUGCAAGCAGUGCUGUCAUCUUGAGGCUUGAAAAUCAGAGUUCCCUUUUAAUUGUAUUAUUUGGCUGGACUCUUCCGAAUGGAUGCGGACGUUUGAUGCUGUUGAUGGAAAGCAAGGAAGACGGACGAAUUCCACUAGUUUACCAGGAGAGCUUUUUGAUCAUGGAUGAUGUACUUGCAUGAGUGGUAUGUCCUGUUUUCCAAUAAUCCCUUUUCUUGCUCGUAUAUGUGGUAGGCGCACAUCACAAGUUUGAAUCCUAGCUGGUGAACUGAGUCCUUUAUUUUAGAGGAUAAGGGUAGAGGAUGGGCCCAUUAGCUACCAAAUUUGGAAACUGGAAACAACAGAAAUCUCAGUAAUCAAGAAAAGAAAACUAUAUAUUUCACCAACCCUCUAAUUCCUCCAGUAUUAAAUGGACCAACAGAGAGGGUCUCAUGUUGAUAUAUUUCAGAAUUUCUUUACAGCUCUAGUGGGUGCUGAGUGGCGGCUCAACAAUUUGGGAAGUCUAUGCCACUUGUGAGUUGGUUUCUUUUCUGAACGAAAAUCCGACCAAUAGAGCCACUUUUGUUGCUGGUGAUAGCUUUAGCUGUUAUUCCGGCGGUCUAUUGCAAGUUCCAUAUUUUGAUGGGGUCUCUUCCUUUUUCUUCCGCAUCUUUCUAAUCUCGGAUUGGUGAUUUGAUACUUUUUCCUUCUCAAAUGAUUUAAGUGGAGGUAGCAAUAUCUACUACCGCAAUUCAGAGGAAGAGCUAACUCCCUUUUUCUCUCCACCGACGAGGCAAUGGAACAUAUAUUCCAGGAAUCGUAAAACAGCAAUGGAUUUUGUUUGUCAGAAGAAGAGUCCAGAUUUUUUAAAGUAAGCACUUUUCUAGAAAAAUAAGCAUUGGAGAAAAAUAAGCUUGGCCAAACAGGCUAUAAGUCUUUGCUUUUGACGAACACCGGAAGAUAAGGUAAGGCGCUGGGUAGCGUAGCACAUUUGUUUUUGGUACAGAGGCGACGAGUGGUGCUAACUUGGUGACUUGGUCACCUAGCCCAGCAGGUCAGGGCAGGCUUUAGUGUUGGUGAUCAAGAGCACGACGGAAUGGACUCAUUCCCAGGACUGGAAUCAAAUCUUCAGAAUGACAAAGCAACUGGAGAGAGCUCUUACCCACUUGUCAGCUGAGCAAGUCGAAUGUUGCAGUGACUUCCCAAGAGAAUGUACUCCCAAAACGACCUCCAAUGUCGGAAAUAAGAAUCAUCCUCUUCGAAGUCGAUCAUGGGGAAUGACAGUGAUGAAGGUGAGCUAAUAGAGCAAUGGGAAAAUGAGAUUUAUGAGAAUUAGGGAGCACAGUGUCUGAAUUGGAGUUAUUUUCUGUCGUUGAGGGAGUGCUUCUCCGAUUUGGGGACUGGAAUUCGCGCAGGAAAUGGAGCUGAAAGAGGGGAAAAUCGGGAGCUUUGGGAGGGAAGCAAAAUCAAAUUUGUUUCUAAUUUGGGCAAAACAUGUUAUUUAUACAUAUGAACUAUUUUGUAUUUUUCAAGACUUUGGGCUUGGAUGAAAGUCUUCUAACACAUUCUAGAGCUAAUUCUCCCUAAUUAGCUAGUUAGAUGGACGUAUUCUGGUGACAAAUGUUCACUAUAGGGGCCAACUCUUUGUGUAUGAAUGACUGGAUCUUGUGAUAUUUAUUCAAAAGCUUGAAUUCUGUUUCAAAA